AUGGUGAGCAUUGAUCCUGCUGUCGAAGCCGAGUUCCGCCGAGGUCGAGACAUUUGGUCGACAGCUCGUGAGCCUGUUGCACAGUGCAGUGUACACGCAAUGUUCGGCGAGGUGCCAGGGUUACGUUCGCAGUGCGUAGCCGGGGAUAUCCCAGGCACCCGUCGAGGUAGUGUGCCUUUGGCAUCGAUGACUGAUGUUGCUGAGCAUAUGGCAAUGGCCCGAGCCGCUGCGACUAAUCGUAAGCGAGGGUACACCAUCAGAAACUAUGAGGAGAUGUGUGCUUCAUCUGGGUUUGUGGCUUUCCCAGUGAGUGGUGAAAGUUUGGUUGCUUAUACAGUUGGCUUAACUAAGAAAGCGCUCAAGUAUGAGACGGUUACCGAUUAUGUUGGGACGAUCAAGCUAGAGUCCCGUCUUCUGUCAGACUAUGAGCUUUCACAAAUGGAGAAUGAAAGAGUAAGGUUGGCACUUCAAGCUUCAAAGCGCCUGUUGAGUAAUCGUUCGACGAAGAGGACCGUUACUUUGGAUAUCGACCAAGUGGGCCUUUUGGCCCACCUGGUUCCCGAGUCGGGACGAGCAAGAAGUACAGUGGCUUACUUGGUCGGCACCAUGGGAUUAAUGCGGUUGAAGGAGGUGGUUUCUUUAAAGUUCUCGGACAUCACUCUCGGUGCCGAUGGUGAUUACGUUGCCAUCAAGAUACGGCACUCGAAAACUGAUCAGAGUGGUGAUGGUGCAACAGUAUAUGUAGGCUGCGUGUCUUUUCCACAUCAUCGUCGGUGCGAAGAGCAUGCUUGUGCUUUACACCGAUUGGUUCGUAUGCUAGCUACCUUGAAAGAUAGUGAGAGAGAGGGACGUUUGUUCGGUGCGACUUAUACUCAACUUAGAAAAGAUAUUAACAGCUUAGUGACUGCAGUGUUUAGUGGAAAGGUAGAUGAAGGUGAUGAAGUUGGUAGGAAGACUUCACAUAGUAUGAGAAGAACCGGUGUACGAUUACUGGUGGAUGCUAAUGUGAGAUUGGAAGCUAUCGCCGACUAUGGCCGUUGGAAGGAUGUAAGGACUGUGCAGAAUAAUUACAUGAGAGACUUCAGUGGCAGAUUGGGACGUGAAAAGAUUUACUCCAGUCGGAUGAUGCAUGCGCAUUAA